ACAGAAAAAAAAAAAAUCAGCAAAAACAGUGGACAGAUCGAGAGCACGAACGAGUUGCAGAGCAGUAGCAGCGGCGAAAAUGGCGCUCUUCUCCCUCGCGUCGCAGCCUUCCUCCCUGUUCUCCAUCGACCGCCGCGGCCACAGGCUCCCCGCCGCCGCCUCCUUCCCCGUCAGGCCCCCGCACGCCUACGCUUCCAGAAGGUUCCCUCCCCUCACCAUCGCCCGCUCCUCCCUCUCCUCCUCCGACGCCCCCGAGCCCGACUCCUCGCCGGCCAACAUCACCGACGAGUGGGGCGAGAAGGCCGGCCCCGAGGCCGAGGCGGAGGCGUCGUCGUACUCGAAGCUCUCCGAUUCGGACCCUCCGAGGGGGGACGACGAGUGGGGCGGGGCCGGCGGCGUCGAGGAAGUGGCGGGGGUUAACGGGACCCCUUCGGCUCAGGGCGAGGCGGCGGCGGCGGCGGUCGAGGAGGAGGUGGAUAAGGUCGGGGAUUUGAAGCGGGCCUUGGUGGACACGGUGUACGGGACGGAUUUCGGGUUCCGGUCCGGGCAGGAGGUGAGGGCGGAGGUGCUGGAGCUGGUGAACCAGCUGGAGGCGGCGAACCCGACGCCGGCGCCGGUGGACGCCGCGGGGCUGCUGGAUGGCAACUGGGUCUUGGUGUACACGGCUUCCUCCGAGCUCCUGCCUCUUCUAGCUGCAGGGUCAUUGCCUCUCCUGAAAGUUGAAAAAAUAAGCCAAUCUGUUGAUACCAGUAACCUAACAAUUGUGAACUCCACCACACUAUCCAGCCCCUUUGCUACUUUGUCAUUCAGUGCAUCUGCGGCUUUUGAGAUAAGAAGUCCCUCGAGGAUUCAGGUUGAAUUCAAGGAAGGGACCUUCCAACCUCCUGAGAUAAAGCCGACCAUUGAUCUCCCAGAAAGUGUGAAUCUCUUUGGGCAGAACAUAAAUCUCAUGCCAGUGCAGCAAUCUAUCAGUCCCCUGCAGGAAGCCGUGGCAAGCCUGUCGCGUGCCAUUUCUGGUCAGCCACCACUUAAGCUUCCCAUUCCAGGCGAGAGGACCCGCUCCUGGCUUCUCAUCACAUACCUCGACAAGGAUAUGAGGAUAUCACGAGGGGACGGCGGUCUCUUCGUGCUUGUCAAGGAAGGGAGUCCUCUUUUGAAUUAGUGGCCAGACACCAUUCAUCAGGGUAUAGGAAAAAAAGGAUUUCGCGGAUUUUCUCUUGCUUCUUGAUAUUGUCGACCGACGUAGAUAUUCAGAGAGUCAAACUGGUGCUAAGACUUGUAAAUUAGUCGUGAACUCAUCCUCGUGGAGAGAUUGGGAAGGAUGCAGAGGUGAGAGUAAAGAUUAUUUGCCAUUGUAUAACUAUACGGCGUACGAUGUUCUCGACGAUAUCCACAAGUACAUAGCGCGAAUUUGAAUGGAAGUCAAAUACCGUCUCUAGUUUGUGAUGUAUUCACUUUGGCAGAUUUGAAUGGAUGUCAGGAGUGAGAAUGGAGGAGUUA